UAUCCAGCUCGACGCCAAUUGGAGUUCUGGUCAGAGAAACGCUCUGACCGAGAACCACCGUAUCAUUUCCAAGACUAAUCAACAGUUUUCACGCGUCGCAGCCUCUAAUCAAAGGCGUAAAUUUCUCUCCUUUUUCUCCGCUCUUUGCUUUCUGCUUCCUCUCCUGCGUGUCUUUUAUAGUAAAACCAAUUCUAUGUAUUUUACUGCACCUUUAAAUUUGUGGAGUAUUGUUGAAUUGGAACACUAGCUAGAAUUGUUAGCCAUUAAUUAGCAUUACAGUAUUACUGGGUUCUGAGAAUCUGAGUUGUUGUGUGUGCACUUUAAAGCUUUGGGCAAUAUUUGAAGUUGUUUUAUGUUUUGUUCUGUGGGUCUGUGGGAUUUCAACAACUGAUUCUUGAUUUUUGAUCCUUGAUUCUUUCCGGUUUAGUUAAGAUUGAAGUUUGUGGGAAUGGAUUAUUCUAGGCAUGUUGAAGUUUUGGGGGUGAAUAGGAUGGGGAAGAACAUAAAGAAGAGUCCAGUUCACCAACCCAAUUUUGCCAAUAAUUCUGAUUUUGCUCCUAGGCCUCAACCCCCAUCUCAGGUUUAUAACAUAAACAAGAGUGAUUUCAGGAACAUAGUCCAGCAAUUGACUGGUUCACCUUCACAUAACACAUCAUUACCUAGACCUCUCCAAAAUCCCUCCAAGAAUCCUGCUGGUACUAGGUUGCAAAGGAUUAGGCCUGCACCUUUGAUGCCAAUGAACCAACCCCGGGUUUCUGCCCAAUCUCGUUUUGCACAUAUCCCGCCUCAGCCUUUGUGUAGCAAUAACUAUGUAAGCCCUGCUGCUGCUGCUGCUGAUUGUAGUCGACCGCUUUCCCCUGCACAGAAUCCUUUUAAUCCAAUAGAUGUUUGGGAAAAUUCAGACAAGUCUCCCAUUUCGGCUUAUAUGCAGUACCUGCAGGGUUCUAUUAUAGAUUCUGCAGGGCCUAAUCAAGCACAGCCUCAUCAAGGGCCUGUGUGUAAUCAACCAUCAUCUGAUUAUCUAGCUAAUCCGCCUCUUCCAUCGCCUCGAUUCCUCGGUCCUCCUCUUCCAUCCCCAUGGAUGAAUGGUGAUGCUCCUAUUCUAUCACCUCAGAUAAUGAAUGGUGUUCCACCACCACCACCACCUUUUUUGCCUUCCCCGACUUCCCAGUUCCUGUUGCCUUCCCCUACUGGAUUCGUGAAUUUGUUCUCUCCCUGCACGCCUUAUCCUUUGUUUUCCCCGGGUGCUCAGCAUCCCCCUCCACUGUCUCCUAAAUUCUCCUUUUCCCCUAUGGGUCAGCCAGGAAUUCUGGGUGCUGGACCUCGUUCACCUCUAUCGCCCAGUUAUGGAUUUCCAUUGUCCCCUUCUGGAUUCUUCCCCGUUUGCAGUCCAAGAUGGAGGGAUCAGUAGCCCUAAAUGCAAAAAGCUACUGACUUUCCAUGGCUACCAUGGAACAUUCUUUGCACUGACAAUUCUGAAUUGUGGAAAAUACACUAUAUAUUAGCAAAAUUUCAUUUAAUGUAAAGUCUCAUGAAACCAUGAGCUCUUAUUGUUCCAUUUAUUCUUGUUCUCUUAACUUUCUGAGUAGCAGAAUUUGUAGUAGAGGUAACUUGUUUAUUUCUUACACGUGUAGAUUGUAGUUGUAAUGUAACUGGUAAGGAGGUAGCUAGGUUACUGAAAUUUAUAGAUGCAUUGGAGGUCUCUUGUAAUUUCAUUACAGUUAAAUUAAACAAUUUGAAGUCAUGUUUAGGGCUGAUGGAAUUGAUUUGCAAUGUUUUUGUGUGUUAUGCUGAUUCUUUCAUGCAUUGUCUGGGUGAUGGCCUCAACCGUGAGGGUGUUAGCAAGAAUUGAACUUGUGAUCCUGUUUAGAUUGUUGAUGGAAUAGAUUUGGAAUGUUUUAGGGUGUUAUGCUAAUUCUUUCAUGCAUUGUCUAUGCGAUGGGCUCAACUAAGAGAGUGUUAGCAAGAAUAGAGUUAUUCUCCACCCACUCGGCAUUGGAAGUCUGUUGUAAUUUCAUUACAGUUAAAUUAAACAAUUUUGAAGUCAUGUUUAGGUUGCUGAUGGAAUAGAUUGGCAAUGUUUUUGGGGUGUUAUUAUGCUGAUUCUUUCAUGCAUUGCAAGCUGGAAGAUGCAAUUGACCAAUUGUUUUCUUGUCUGAUGGUUAUCUGCACUUUUUUCCAUUCUUGGUGUGGUUUUCCACCUCUAGUUGAACAACUAGCUAGCUAGCUUGAAUGAUCUAUUUUGUCUCAAAUAGAAAUGCUGGAAUUCAAGACUUUUUGCAUGGGAAGCUCGAAUCCAUUAUUCAAGAGUGUGCACUAGGUUCGACCAAGAAGGUAUUGGCAAAAAUUGUACUCGUAAUCUUCAGUUCAAGAAUUAUGCGAUGACGGACUUUUCUUUCGUGGUUGCUAAAUCCAAUGUAACUACUGUCAUGUAUCGUAUCUUUUCUUUCGUUGUUGCUAAAUGCAAUGUAACUACUGUCAUGUAUCGUAUCAUUUGCGUGGCAGAUACACCUGACAAGCUCCUCUCACUGUCAUCGGUGACACUCGAUCCCUAGUCAUUCUUUCUCAAUUUUA